GAGAGAAGGAGAAUAGAAAUCCCUCCGCCGCUCCUCCCCGUCGCUGGCCUCCUGCCCCUCGCCCUGCCCUUCUUUCUUCCGCCUCGCGCCCGCCAUUCCAUCCCCUUCUCUCCCUCCUCUCCUCGCCUCGUCUCGCGUCCCCCCCCCCGCUCUUCCCCUCCGCCUCCCCGGUCGCCUCAUCAUGAGUGCCUCGCAGGCUGGCUCGCCCCCUCCGGCGGCAGGCCCGCCGCCGCCGUCCUCCGCGUCGUCGUCCUCGUCGCCGUCAACUUCGGCUCCAGCCUCGGCAUCGGCCUCAUCCGCCGCUCUUGAGCCCGGCCCCAGCCUGGAGCAGCUGGCCUCCUCUCGGCGGUAUCGUAUCACCAGCAAGAAGCUUGGCUCCGGUACCUUCGGUGAUGUUUACCUCGGAGUGGACAGCCUCGACGACCAGACGAAGGUGGCCAUCAAGCGUGUUCGCAUGACCCACUACAAGACUGGACUUGACAUUACCGCCCUGCGGGAGGUUCGCGCCCUGCGCGAAAUGAACCACGUCAAUGUCAUUCAGCUCCUGGAUGCAUACAUCGAAAGCCACAACAUGCACAUGGUCCUGGAAUUCCUGGACCACGACCUGAAGAACCUGAUCGAGGAGCGAUCCAUCAUCUUCUCGGCCGAACACAUCAAGAGCUGGAUGCUGAUGACCCUGCGGGGAGUGCACCACUGCCAUGUGAACGGCAUCCUGCAUCGGGAUUUGAAGCCGGACAACUUGCUCAUCAGCGCCGGGGGCGUGCUUAAGGUGGCGGAUUUCGGUCUGGCCCGACAUGCGCCCGGUGUGCGUGCCCUCCAGCCCGGCGCCGCUCCGGCGCCCAUUUCUCCGAAUGUUGUGACGCGCUUCUACCGGUCGCCGGAACUCUUGCUCGGGGCCCGGGUGUACUCCUUCGCGGUGGACAUUUGGUCGGUCGGGUGCAUCUUCGCCGAGCUUUUCGUCCGGACCCCCUACUUCACAGGCGAGGACAGUGACAUCUCCCAGCUGAUGACCAUCUACAAUGCAAUGGGCACUCCCGAUGAGGCAUCGUGGCCGGGCAUCUCCACCCUGCCGGGCUUCAUUCAGCCGAACAAUCGCAUUCCGCCAUCCCCGCUGGGGAGCGUCCUGUCCGCCGCCUCCAAGGAUGCCAUUAGCCUGAUGGAGGCCCUGCUGGUGAUGAAUCCCCUCCGGCGGAUCUCCGCCGAGGAGGCCCUCCGGCAUCCAUACUUUUCUAAUCUCCCACGCCCCUCGAAGCCGGCCGAUCUGCCCAACCCCAAGCAGGCGGCCAAGGCACAGGCGGGUGGGGCUGGGGGUGGCCCCUCCCGGGGCAUGGCCCCAUUGGAAGAUCCCCCCGGCACCCGGCCAUCGGCCAAGCGCUCCCUGAUGGAGGCCUUCGACCAGCAGCCAGGCUCUGGUGGGCACCUCUUUUCGGCCGGCGUGGGCGGGCGCGAGCCCGACCUCAAGAUCGAGGCGCAUCACAUGCUGGUCAGCGAGCCAGACGAGUCCCUGGCGGAUCCGCGGCCCAGCCAGCAUGUCAACACCCGACUGCGUUUGGAGUAAGCAAUAGACUCCUGUGUGCUUCCGUUGCCCGAAGGGCACCCCACGACAAAGGACA